UAAUCAUGACAUUUGUUUGAUGAUUGUGACUCUAGAUAUCAAUAAAAAGAACUCAUUUUUACUUCCAAGUUCAAGUUAAUUUAUUUUCACUCACAUCAUCCAUCGGUGGUACAUGAGGUACAAUAAAUAAUAAAAGAUUAUGGUAAGUCGUCUUAAUUAAUCGUGAAUACACAAAAAACCAAUAAUAAUAAAAAAAAGAAAAUACAAGACAUAUACAUACUAUAGCUACAAACAAAGAAAAAGUAAGAGAUAUAAGUUAUGGAGGACAGACUGCAUCAUAAAUUUUAGCUAUGAAGAGACAGAGAUUUUUCAACGAUUUAAAACUUGAGUUUGACAUUAUCUCACUAAACUUAAGUAUAUUUGGUUUAUUAAAAAAUCUGGAAUGUAAAAACGUUUUCCUGAUACUAGUUAAUGAUUUGCAUUCUAAAAUAAAGUGGAACUCGUCUGCUAUUCUACCUGAGUACAAAGUCUUUCAUUAAGUGGAAUAUUUGACCAUCUACCAGUCUCAACAGGAAGGUGGUGGUUUGUAGUUCUAAAUUUGACCAGUAUUUUCCUAAAUUUAUUUGGGAAAAUACUCAAAUAUUUCUCACCUCCAAAAUUAGACUUAAUUUUUUUUAUGAAUUUGACCUUUUGAUAAGCUGUUUAUAUCACUAUACCAUUUUUGGAUGAAUUGAUCACUUAAGUCUUUGUUUCAGAGUUGCAACAGCCCACUUCCUAUCAAUGAAAUUUUGCAAUUGCUCACACCAAAUAUCUGAAAAACCACAAGACGUUAAAAUUUUGUAUAUAAAAUCUACCCUUGAGGUUUUCAAACCUCCUUGGGAAUAUUGUGAAUAUAAAUAUUCAUAUAAUAUGCGAUCAAUUUUGUUUUCCGAACAAGUAAGUAAUCUUAUCCAGGAAGAAAUCAUCCUUGUAUAUAUUUGUAUAUACAAUGGGAAGCGCUCAGUCUCAUUAUAUACCAUAUAAGAAGGAGUACUACUCUUUAGAUAGAAAAUAUGUUUUAGAAAUUAUAGGUGUAUCUGUUCAAUGGUAAGCAUCGAACGUCUCUAAGCAUCGUUCUUAUUCCGUCAGUAAUACGCAAUUACCAGGAAAAAUAUACGACUGAUAAGUGCACUUUGUAUACAAUGUAUGUAUAUAGCGUAAUAUAUGCUUCAUUUCAGGAUUGCUGUUUCUUACAGUAUAUUCUAUCGUACUUUGAAUUCUCUCAUGCGAUUUAGUUUUUCUUUUAACGGGUAAUUCAUCUAUUUUGUUUGAUGUACAAAGACUAAACUGCACAGCCUCAGGACUUAAUGUAUACCAUUGUGUAAUUUUUAUCUUAAAUCCAAACAAAAACAAACCGAAUUCAUCAUGUAAAUUGAUAUAUCACAGCAACGAUACGUUUCUUUUUACAAUCCCUGUGUUAAUAUUAGCGUAAAUUUCGCCAGUAAUACGUGAAAUCCUUGUGAAAGACGUCACCUCUGCCCCCAAACACCAAUUUACGGAAGACACGCUUCAGUGGACAAUGCAUUUAUCCCGGCGGUGUUUACCUGGAGAAUUCUUCCUGAACAAUGCCUUACACCGGGCCCCGCUCAUCGGCUGUUCAAUGCUGGAAAUUAUCAACAGGUGAAAUUAAAUUAAAACAUUUUAGAAUCUUUACCUUUAUUAUUUGUGGGAAUGGGUAGCAUGUGGUAUGCGAGGCUCCCGUGAAUCUCCAGUCAGCCAGAUGUUGUAGUGUCCCUUUCAUUAAUCACAGUCCGUGUUAUUGUCUAACAGUCUAAAAUGUGUGUUAAUGCAUUUGACAGCUCACAGCUCUACUAGUUGCUGGGGUGAAUAACAGCUCCUGAAUCAUUAAUGAUUUUGAGGUGGCAAUAUGAGGAUUAGUGAUUUAAGAAAGAAUGGGUGUUUCCGCGGCUACAGUUUGCCCAAGUUUACGUUAGAUUCAUCAAGUAUUUAUGAACCUCUUAAGCCUUUUGUGACAAGCAGGUGCGAGAGUGACCCCGUCUUCUAUGUCCAUCAAGGUCACCUCCCGACACAUAUGCGAAGCCUUCGUUUGUCCCGCCAUGCAGACCUACAAGUCGACCGACACGGUUCAUCACACACAUGUCGUGUCCUGCUGACUGCAGCCGUCGUUGCCCUCUUUAUUGUUUCCUUGUUGUGUUUCUUUCUGUCUAUGCAUGUCUGGAACAACAGAGAGGAUUUCUCCGCAACGCCACAUCCUGAUCUGAACGAGACUUCAUCUGAAAGCAGAAUAUUAGCAGAAAACAAAAUAGAUACUAUUUUCUUCAAAAGUAACAUCUCUCAAGAAUCGAAAGACUCCUUGGGGUAUACUAUCAGACAAUCCUGUGUUGCAGACACCUGCAGAACAUACUCGGCCUUCCGCUUCAAGGCUUCCUGCUAUCGUGGAUAUUGUCAAUGUAAUGGCAAAGAUUACCAAAGGGAAACGUGUUUACCAAAGUAUGGUGACUGCUACAUACAAAAGAAAAAGGAGAGUUUUGCUGAUGCAUAUAUCAAAGGAAGAAGACCUGUUAUAUAUUCUUGUCAACCAAAUCCAAGUGGAGUUACUGAGAAGUUGCAUGUGAUUAGUAGUUUCGGAAACAGUCAAAGUAACGAGACUACUGUUGAAAUAUUUGGUGACUCAAUGAAUUCCACACCGGCUACAAUCGUGUUAUCUAAUUAUCACCGAGUUAAGUGGAGAGUGGUUUUAAAAGACACGCAUGUCGUAAAGAUUUUUCUGAUUUCUCACCAUCAUCUGAGGUGGUCUUCAGUGACAGUGGAAACUGCAGACACCAGCGACCCACAUCCCCCAGUAGAGAAAGUGUUCUCACAAGUGGGGUAUGGAGAGGAUCGGUACGGAGGACACACUGCGGACUUGUUAAAAACAGUCAAUCAACGAAUUGGACACAUGUCGUCAUUCACGGGGGUGGCCUCGGCGGACAGAUGGAGGAUUUACCUCAACAAACAGUGAUUCUUAUCAUGAUGUGAAAAACAUCAUAGAUAUUUUAUUGAUUUUCGUGGGCAUAAAUUUUCGUGAUUUUGCUGAAAAGAAGAAAAAUUGUUAUGCAGUUACUCAAGUCUUCGACAGCUAGCCAUACAUGUGCUUUUUCCUCUUUCACGAAAUUGCUUCAAUGAUCAAUUGAUGUUGUAGCCUUACUCAACCACGACAAUGGCGAAAGUUAAUUUUCAGCAAAUACAUAAUGGUGGUACUGCUGUACACUGCGAAAAGAAACUAUUGCAUAUCAAGUGAAUAUUUGUUGUUAAGUUUCCUUUGUUAAGAUUUGUUGACGGAAUAAAUAAAUAAAGUUAAUCUUC